AUCAGAAGAUGUCGACGAAAACAGUCUCCUGUACAACAAGAUCGCUUUGUUCAAAGCAAAGUCUUCUGGAUGUUCUUUUGCUGUGACCAUUAUGCACAGUCAGGGCAUGCAUCAGUGGUUAGGGUUUAUUACCAGCUACUCCAUCUUAUAUCAGAUGCAUCAAUUUUACAACCGGCGGAUCUUGAAGGUGAUAUCUACAGCAACGCGGAAGACGAAGACAAGAGCGCGGUACAUGAUGCGACGGUCCAUCUUGCAACAGGAGAGUUGCGUCUUCUAUCUUGUAAUUAUGACGUUGUGGCGGAGAAAUCAAUUGCCAAAGGUGAUUUUUUCGAUAAGUUAGUGCUCUCUUUCUUCAUGAUAAUGAUUGAGACCUUCCACAGAGCGCUGUGCCUUUACUUCGUAGCCCGUAAGACGAAGAAAAGGAAGUACAGGAUUCAUGCAAACAAGCUACGGCGAAGGAUUGAGAAGUGGGAAAACAAGAGAAACCCUAAUGUGAAGCAUUAUGUCCCAUUUCUGGAGGCUGAACAGAUGGCGCUUAACGGUAGCUGGAAUGAAUCGUCUGAGUACUACCAAAAAGCUAUCACGCUGGCGUCCGAGGACGGCCACCUUCUUCAUGCGGCUUUAGCAAAUGAACGAUAUGCCGAACUCCUAUCGGAUUUUCUGAAACAGCAACAGGAGGCAAGCUACCGAUUAAACGAAUCCAUUCGUCUUUACAAAGAAUGGGGAGCUGUUGGAAAAGUGCUCAAUUUGCAAGCCAGGCGUGACGACCUUGGAUUGGCAUAA